UUCGCGGAAGGCUCGGAACUUGUUUCGCUCCCAUUUUCUCCAACAAAAUUUGACGAACACAUAAAACUGAAACUUGGAAGAUCCUUGCAGAGAAGAAAAAGCAUUCGAUCCACCACAAAAAAGGGCAGAAAAGAACACAAUAAUCUCCCUCUUUCUAUUUUCUUCAAUUUUCUUCAAUGAUCCUUCACCCAGAAUCAACCAUCCCCUUCUCCUAAUCUCUCGUUUCGACCCUUUUUUUUUUCAGUAUCAUUUCUAUUCCAACGCCCAUUUUGGUUCUGGAAAUUUUGGAUCGUUAGGAGUAGCUUAGGAUUUUAUUUGAUUUUGUGUUUUUGUUUCUGUGGAUUCUUGACGGGUUAGUAAUGGCGACAGAGCAAGUUUUUCCGUUUUCUGUUACUUCUGUGAUUGAGGAAGUUCUUCAACAGCAUGGAGUUCGUACUCGUAACAUCGAUUUGGCUUCGAAGAAAACUGAAGAAGACUCCUUGAGAAGGUAUGAAGCGGCGGGGUGGCUAAGGAAAACUGUUGGAGUUGUUGGUGGAAAGGACUUGCCAGCAUGUCCUUCUGAAGAGGAAUUUAGGCUUGGAUUAAGAAGCGGAAUUAUUCUUUGCAAUGUUCUAAAUAAGGUCCAACGUGGGGCAGUACCAAAGGUUGUUGAAGGCCGAUGUGAUUCUGUAAUCAUCCCUGAUGGGGCACCCCUAUCUGCAUAUCAACACUUCGAAAACGUGAGAAAUUUUCUUGCAGCCAUACAAGAAAUGGGGUUGCCAACUUUUGAAGCCUCUGAUCUAGAACAUGGAGGGAAAUCUACGAGGGUUGUGAACUCUGUUCUGGCACUCAAAUCUUAUAGCACCUGGAAACAAGCAGGCGGAACUGGGGUGUGGAAAUAUGUUGGAACAGCUAAAUCACCAACAUCCAGGAAAAAUGUGGUGACAAAAAAUAAUUCAGAACCAUCCACCACUUCUUUAACAAAAACCUCAUCACCUGCUGAUAGUUUUUCUCUUGAAUCCUCUUCAAGUGAUGAUCCUAGCAAUGAAGCAGAAUCCUCUCGUCCUUUACAUAUGCUACUUUGCCAACUUCUUUCUAAUAAACAGAUUGACGAAAUUCCAAGUAUUGUGGAAUGUAUGUUUGGUAAAGUCAUGGAGGAGUUUGAGCAACGAUUACUCGCUCAAAACAAUAUGAUGAAGGCAAGUCCUGAAGAUGUGGCAGAGUCCGUAACUAAUAAAUCUCCUCCACAAACCACUUCUGCUGAUGAAACAAUUAAGAUGGAAGAGGAAACGAGUGGUGCUCCUGAAGAAAUUAGUAGUCCAGAAGCAACAAGUUGUUGUGAAGAAAUAAAUAGUCCAAAAGAGUGUCAUGAAGCAACAAGUUGUUGUGAAGAAAUAAAUAGUCCAAAAGAGUGUCACGAAGCAACAAGUUGUUGUGAAGAUAUAAAUGGUCCAAAAGAGUGUUUUCCUGAAGAAAGUUUUUCUAAAGAGGACUGUGAUUGCUUUGAUGAACGCAAUGAGGAAUUAGAACGACAGCUUUUGAGAAGACAGAUGCUGCUAGAACAGCAACAGAAGAACAUACAGAUGUUGAAGUGUACUCUUGAUGAAACCAAAGCAGGAAUGCAGAUUUUGCAAAUGAAGUACCAAGAGGAAUUCAAUAAUCUUGGUAAGCGCAUGCAUACUGUGGCGUAUGCUGCUUCAGAAUACCGAAAAGUUCUCGAUGAAAAUCGAAAACUAUAUAACCAAGUCCAAGACCUCAAAGGAAAUAUAAGAGUAUAUUGUAGAGUUCGACCAUUCCUCGGUGGACACUCGAAUCGACCCUCUACCGUUGAUCGUAUUGAUGAUGGGAAUAUGAGCAUUGUGUCACCAUCGAAAUACAGCAAAGAGGGAAGGAAAUCAUUCAGUUUCAACAAAGUAUUUGGGCCUUCUGCCACCCAAGGUGAAGUUUUUUCAGAUACUCAACCUUUGAUUCGAUCAGUCCUAGAUGGUUAUAACGUCUGCAUAUUUGCUUACGGACAAACUGGAUCAGGAAAAACGUACACCAUGUCAGGACCAACCGAACUCACUGAGGAGACUUUAGGUGUAAACUACAGGGCAUUGAGUGAUUUAUUUGUUCUUUCACAAGAAAGGAAACAUACCAUUUGCUAUGACAUAUCUGUUCAGAUGCUUGAGAUUUACAACGACCAAAUAAGGGAUCUCCUUGCGACGGAUUCCACUAACAGAAGAUUGGAAGUUCGAAACAGUUCUCAAAACGGGAUUAACGUACCCGAGGCAUCCCUUAUACCCGUAUCAUCGACAUCAGAUGUCCUAAAUUUGAUGAAUAUUGGCCAAAAUAAUCGUGCAGUGUGCUCUACUGCCAUGAACGAUCGAAGCAGUCGUUCUCAUAGCUGCUUAACUGUUCAUGUUCAAGGAAGAGAUUUGACAUCUGGGGCAAUUCUUCGUGGGUGUAUGCAUCUUGUUGACUUGGCAGGAAGUGAAAGGGUUGACAAGUCCGAGGUAAUAGGAGAUAGAUUGAAAGAGGCACAACAUAUCAACAAAUCUCUUUCUGCCUUGGGAGAUGUUAUUUCCUCUCUUGCUCAAAAGAAUGCACAUGUUCCCUAUAGGAACAGUAAACUCACCCAGUUGCUCCAAGAUUCACUUGGGGGUCAAGCAAAGACACUCAUGUUUGUUCAUAUAAGUCCAGAGCCUGAAGCUCUUGGAGAAACAUUGAGUACUUUAAAGUUUGCUGAAAGGGUUUCAACUGUUGAGCUCGGUGCUGCUCGGGUUAACAAAGACGCCGAGUCGAAAGAGCUCAAGGAACAGAUAGCUAACCUAAAAGCGGCCUUAUCGAAGAAGGAGAGUGAAAUGGAGCAAUAUUCUCGAUCAAGCUCUCCUGAAAAAAAUAGGAUGAAAACUUUCCUGUCAUCCCCUUCACUUCCUAGCUGGAAAAGUGUUGUGGAGAUGUCCGUUAAUAGAACCAACUCAAUGGAAGAUGUUCGUAAUGCAGCCGCAGAGGCUCAAAACAAAUUGAAUAACUCAAAGCUGAAAAGAAGAAGCUUAGAUCCCCGAGACAUGUUAAGAUCAUCUCCAUGGCCACCCUUGAGCGCAGCACUUGUUAAUCCGAAGCAUGACAAGAAAGAAUCUGUUUCAAGCAAUUGGGAUGAAACCCUUGCAGUAAACGAAUUUUCUGAGACAUUUGAACCGAAUUUUCUUGUAGAUCCUCCUCCAAAGGCGUUGUACUCUGAAAACCUGUUCAACAACUCUGAUGCGCAGAGGAACCAGUUUGAGGUGGGCAGCACUGAUGAUUCUGAUGACCAUGACGCUGCAAAUAGCGAGACAUCAGAGCCAGAAGUACUUUGGCAGUCCAGCCUUCCACUUCCAAAAGCUUCAAGCAUUCCAGGUUUGGGAUCAAAGCCAAAGAAAACAGCUAAUAAUCCUAAGCAGCAAGCCAGCAAGCCAGAAGUUAGGAGCUCCAUUCCAUCAUUAAUUCCUCUUUCAUCAAGGAAAUCGCAGACGGGAGCUUCCCAACCGAUGGCUGCCAAGGUGGUGGGGAAACAGGCAUUUCCAUUUGAAGGGAAGAAGAAGGGUGGCUAUGGCUAUAAUAAAUGAUGAUGGAAUGUGUGUGUGUGUUCAUCAAUUGAGUCUUCCUCAUUUUUGUUUUCCCUUUUUAUAUCUAUUUAUUGUUGUGUAUAUAUACAUACAUACAUAUAUAUAUAUAGAGAGAGAGAGAGAGAAAGAGAGAGAGAGAGAGAGAGAUUCUGUUUUGAGUUUGCAAUAGUUCCAAGUUGCCUUGAGUUUCUGUAUUGAAUCUUCAAAUGCAUGGUGAA